AUGUAUCCCCCUCAGAAUGUUUUAGCAAUGACUGAAUCAGUACACUGCAGAUUUGAAGGAUCUAAUAUAAAUCCAGAAAAGCUGAGUGCUAUACAGAGAUGUGUAGCCGUCGCUGAGGCACCUCAGCGUAGGUGUCCUCCUGCUGUAGAGCAUGAGUCUAUCGUGACUAAAUCUAAGAAUGACACCCCAUUUUUCCCUGCCAGUGUUAGGGGAACCCCCGAACAGUUGACAGUGGAAUUGCAUAGUGGUUCUCCUUUGAAUUUGAUAAGUGAGUCUACUGCUGAUUUCUUUGGCCUUGAAGUUGUAAUCGAUACGUUUGGUUACAGUGACUAUGUUGACCCUGAAGUGUCGUUUGCCUUACCAUCUGGCAUUGUUGGCAUUACAUCUUUUUCUCUUUUCUAUGAUGAAUGUGAGUUGUAUUAUGAUGGUUUCGUGGUUGAAGAUAGUGUGGUGAACUUUGAUGUGAUGGCUGGGGCUCCCUUUAUGGAGAAGAAUGAUGUUUCCAUUCGACCUUCUAAACGCCAAAUCAUGUUUGGGGACUACCAUACUUUUUCUUACAUGUCAUCUAAUCAGUUUCCCCAAUCUAGUCCCACUAGUAUGAAUGAGUUAGAUGUGCUGGAUUGUGCAGUGGGUAUGAUAACGCAAGGAUCUGAGAGUGAGUGCAAACAUACUAAUCCUGGAUUUGACUGUGAGUGUAAACACACUCUUCCACUAAAUGACUGUUCUCAAGUAUACAGAGAGAUCAUGGAUGUUGGGUGUAAUGUAGAGGUGAAUGAGACUGAAGCUGAUCAUCCACACAUUCACCAGUCUAGCGACAAUGAUAACAUACACAAUGAGGUCAUGGAUGUUGAGUGUAAUGUAGAGGUGAAUGAGACUGAAGCUGACCAUCCACACAUUCACAAGUCCAAUGACAACAUACACAAUGAGGUCAUGGAUGUUGAGUGUAAUGUAGAGGUGAAUGAGACUGAAGCUGACCAUCCACACAUUCACAAGUCCAAUGACAACAUACACAAUGAGGUCAUGGAUGUUGAGUGUAAUGUAGAGGUAAAUGGGAAUGAAGCUGACCAUCCACACAUUCACAAGUUCAAUGACAUUAACAUGCACAGUGAGUUUGGAUUGAUGACCAGUGUGGAGACUGAAAGUGUUAUGACUGAGUAUGAUGUUGGAAACCCAGACUUGGGAUUUACGUCACCACUACAUGUGUCGAAGAUGGAUGGUGAGAUUGGUGAGACGUUGAGUGAAAGCGUUGAGAUAGUGACAGUCACAGAAUCCAAAAGCUGUAAGCCUGCUGUGAGUACUGACGAUAAUUGCUGUGAUCGUGCUAAGCUAUGCGUAAAGACAGUAGGUGCAAUUGGGUCACAUUACAAUUGUCAGGUAAAACAUCAACAUGAACAUGAUAUUAGUUGCAGCAGUGACCUAUCGUGUGUAAAGGUCGUAGGUGAAAUUAGGUCACAUAACAAUCGGGAAAAUUACCAACAUACACAAUUUUACAGUGUUCCUGAUACUGAGCCUAGCUCUGCAUCUGGUGUUCCUGGUACUGAGCCUAGCUCUGUUGUUCCUGAUACUGAGCCUAGCUCUGACAUUCCUGAUACUGAGCCUAGCUCUGGUGUUCCUGAUACUGAGCUUAGCUCUGUUGUUCCCGACACUGAGCCUACAUGUAGCUAUGGCGUUCUUGAUACUGAGCCUAGCUCUGGUGUUCCUGGUACUGAGCAUAGCUCUGGUGUUCCCGGUACUGAGCAUAGCUCUGGCCUGCCCGGUAAUGAGCCAAGCUUUGACAUUCCUGAUACUGAGCUUAGCUCUAAUACUAAGCAUUCCUGUAGUGUCUUGGUAAUGAGCCUUACAUCAGCUCUCUUGUGUCUUGUCGUGAACAUAGCUCUAGUGGUAGUAUGCUCUUGUUUCAUCGCUACUCAUGUUUCGGAAGCGGAGCCUAGCCUUGCUGUUGCAGGUUAUGUACACAGUGAUGACAUCACUUCAAUACAUCAUUGUGCCAUCAUUCGAUCGCUUUCGCAUGACCUUUAUUCUCCUUUCGCUACAGUAGAGAACCGUAUUCGCGAAAUCCAUGAUCGGCUUGAAAACCGAACCACUGACUACCCGUCAGACAUAGAGUACGUCAAUGAGAGUAUCCGCAGUACAGAUCGUUAUUUCGGUUUCGUUCGUUGUACACGUGAUCAUGAUAUGCCCAGACAUGUUUGUGGUGUCUGCAACACAGAUCGUUUUCGGCAUUUCGGCGUCGUUCAUUGUACACACGAUCAUGAUAUGCCCCGGCAUGUUCGUGGUGAGCCGUGUCACCACACAGACGCUUACCUUGAUAUUGCACUGUGUUCCUUUCUCAUCAAUGGUAACCAUCACUUUACGAGUCUCUUACCUUAUGAGGUGUUCUAUGGAUGCACAGCUUACAUGCCUUCUGUAGCUAGUAUCAUCUGGUCGCCCUACAUGGACUGUAUAGCUUAUAGUACAAUAGACAAGGAUUUGGCACCUUGCCUUAGUCCCAAGACGCCUACUCUCCUACAGAAUCCUGCUGAUCGAUUGAUAUUGCCUGUUGUCCAUCACGCUACUGAUCCUGAUGUGAUUUUGCUGCUAUCUUACCUGUGUGACUACAUCUGUUCUGGUAACCGGUCCUCUGCAUAUGAUGUCAUGACUAGUCUUCCCACCUCAUGGCUCUUUGAGGACGGAAAAGCGGCCCACAGUAGCACACCCUUACUCCAUGUUCAUGGAAGUUCGUCACGCACCGUAUUACCGGUGUCCAACCCAGUCCGUACCCCUGCUGUUGUUGAUCAGCCCUUGAGGAUCCAACCCCCCGUUGGAUCUUGGCCUAGAUGCGUCGCGACCAUUGGACACCAGGAUUGGCUUCUAUGGACUUGUGGACCUCGCCCACCGUCGCCCUUUUCUGAUGGAACUCGCAUGAUCCCCAAUCCCAUGAUGUACCUCGCAUGAUUCCCUACCCCUGAUGGAACUCACUUUUCUGGUCGGAGUGUGGUUGUAAUGCGACCUUGGCUUUCUGGACUCUUUCAGGCUCAUAUGAUGACUUCGCA